AAAUGGAGCAAUACAUGUAGCCUACUAGUAUUGUUGUUGCAUGAGUUGCAUCAUAUUCGAAGAUAUACAAUAUGUUUUUUUGAUAUAAGAGUACCGCUUCAUUCUCUUUUUUUUUUUUGUCAUUUCCCAAGUGUAAUAUUGUUAUUAAUACAUGGGCUAUACUAAAAGCCCCACGAAAAGUUUACUGAACUAUUUGAGGCCCAACAAGAGCCUAUCGGAUUAACGCCUACUGCAGAAGAAAAUCUGUCUGCACUCCACCCAAGAAAACGCAGACUAAUUAAUGAAAUCAACGAAACGGAUAGGUCGGGUCUAAGGUUGACCAUGAACCGCAACCUGAACCAGGAGCAAAGUGGUCAAGUUUUGCCAUCCGGUCCGAGUCCCUUGGAGGAAUAAUACCAGAACAGAAAAAAACAGAAAAGUCGACAAUAAACAAAAGAGACAAAUUUGAUUUGAUUGGUUCCAGAAAUUCGCAGAGAAACAGCUCUUUGUCUCUCUCGACUGAUCUAACAAUCCCUAAUCUGUGUUCUAAAUUCCUGGACGAGAUUUGACAAAGUCCGUAUAGCUUAACCUGGUUUAAUUUCAAGUGACAGAUAUGCCCCUUAUUCAUCGGAAAAAGCCGACGGAGAAACCAUCGACGCCGCCAUCUGAAGAGGUGGUGCACGAUGAGGAUUCGCAAAAGAAACCACACGAAUCUUCCAAAUCCCACCAUAAGAAAUCGAACGGAGGAGGGAAGUGGUCGUGCAUCGAUUCUUGUUGUUGGUUCAUUGGGUGUGUGUGUGUAACCUGGUGGUUUCUUCUCUUCCUUUACAACGCAAUGCCUGCGAGCUUCCCUCAGUAUGUAACGGAGCGAAUCACGGGUCCUUUGCCUGACCCGCCCGGUGUUAAGCUCAAAAAAGAAGGUCUUAAGGCGAAACAUCCUGUUGUCUUCAUUCCUGGGAUUGUCACCGGUGGGCUCGAGCUUUGGGAAGGCAAACAAUGCGCUGAUGGUUUAUUUAGAAAACGUUUGUGGGGUGGAACUUUUGGUGAAGUCUACAAAAGGUGAGCUCAACAAUUCUCACUCUUCCUUUAUAUUGGGAUUUGGAUUGGAUCUGAUGAGAUCACGCACUUGUUGCUUCUUCAACAUCACUCAAACUUUAAUUCCAUGUUUGUCUGUCUUACUCUUUACUUUUUUUUUUUUUUGAUGUGAAACGCUAUUUUCUUAAGAGACUAUUUCUGUAUGUGUAAGGCCUCUAUGUUGGGUGGAACACAUGUCACUUGACAAUGAAACUGGGUUGGAUCCAGCUGGUAUUAGAGUUCGAGCUGUAUCAGGACUCGUGGCUGCUGACUACUUUGCUCCUGGCUACUUUGUCUGGGCAGUGCUGAUUGCUAACCUUGCACAUAUUGGAUAUGAAGAGAAAAAUAUGUACAUGGCUGCAUAUGACUGGCGGCUUUCGUUUCAGAACACAGAGGUACGUGAUCAGACUCUUAGCCGUAUGAAAAGUAAUAUAGAGUUGAUGGUUUCUACCAACGGUGGAAAAAAAGCAGUUAUAGUUCCGCAUUCCAUGGGGGUCUUGUAUUUUCUACAUUUUAUGAAGUGGGUUGAGGCACCAGCUCCUCUGGGUGGCGGGGGUGGGCCAGAUUGGUGUGCAAAGUAUAUUAAGGCGGUGAUGAACAUUGGUGGACCAUUUCUUGGUGUUCCAAAAGCUGUUGCAGGGCUUUUCUCUGCUGAAGCAAAGGAUGUUGCAGUUGCCAGAGCGAUUGCCCCAGGAUUCUUAGACACCGAUAUAUUUAGACUUCAGACCUUGCAGCAUGUAAUGAGAAUGACACGCACAUGGGACUCAACAAUGUCUAUGUUACCGAAGGGAGGUGACACGAUAUGGGGCGGGCUUGAUUGGUCACCGGAGAAAGGCCACACCUGUUGUGGGAAAAAGCAAAAGAACAACGAAACUUGUGGUGAAGCAGGUGAAAACGGAGUUUCCAAGAAAAGUCCUGUUAACUAUGGAAGGAUGAUAUCUUUUGGGAAAGAAGUAGCAGAGGCUGCGCCAUCUGAGAUUAAUAAUAUUGAUUUUCGAGGUGCUGUCAAAGGUCAGAGUAUCCCAAAUCACACCUGUCGUGACGUGUGGACAGAGUACCAUGACAUGGGAAUUGCUGGGAUCAAAGCUAUCGCUGAGUAUAAGGUCUACACUGCUGGUGAAGCUAUAGAUCUACUACAUUAUGUUGCUCCUAAGAUGAUGGCGCGUGGUGCCGCUCAUUUCUCUUAUGGAAUUGCUGAUGAUUUGGAUGACACCAAGUAUCAAGAUCCCAAAUACUGGUCAAAUCCGUUAGAGACAAAAUUACCGAAUGCUCCUGAGAUGGAAAUCUACUCAUUAUACGGAGUGGGGAUACCAACGGAACGAGCAUACGUAUACAAGCUUAACCAGUCUCCCGACAGUUGCAUCCCCUUUCAGAUAUUCACUUCUGCUCACGAGGAGGACGAAGAUAGCUGUCUGAAAGCAGGAGUUUACAAUGUGGAUGGGGAUGAAACAGUACCCGUCCUAAGUGCCGGGUACAUGUGUGCAAAAGCGUGGCGUGGCAAGACAAGAUUCAACCCUUCCGGAAUCAAGACUUAUAUAAGAGAAUACAAUCACUCUCCGCCGGCUAACCUGUUGGAAGGGCGCGGGACGCAGAGUGGUGCCCAUGUUGAUAUCAUGGGAAACUUUGCUUUGAUCGAAGAUAUCAUGAGGGUUGCCGCCGGAGGUAACGGGUCUGAUAUAGGACAUGACCAGGUCCACUCUGGCAUAUUUGAAUGGUCGGAGCGUAUUGACCUGAAGCUGUGAAUAUCAUGAUCUCUUUAAGCUGUCCUGUCAGCUUAUGUGAAUCCAAUACUUUGAAAGAGAGAUCAUCAUCAAUUCAUCAUCAUCGUCAUCAUCAUGAUGCUCAACUCACAAAGAAGCCUGAGAAUGAUACUUUGGUGCGAAAUUCUCAAUACCUCUUUAAUAUUCUUAUUGAAUGUAAAUUAUACAAUCCUAUCUAAUGUUUGAACGAUAACACAAAACUUGCUGCGCCAUGUUUGUUUGUCUUGUCAAAAGCAUCAAUUUGUGGGUUAUACGUAGUGUAGAGGAUGAUUCAAAUUUGUGAUAAAUUUGGUAAUCAAAGUUAAUUCUG